CCGUUUAUUGGUCAAACUGCUAAUAACGUGGACGCUGUCAGUCAAAGCGGAAGGAUGGCGGAUGGGGAGUUCUGGAGACCUCCUCGGGCGUGCGAUGAUUAUCGGAGUGAGUGGAAACACUGCCGGAGUCUGAGAAAUCUCUUCCAUCACUAUUACACGUAUGGAAAGUUCCCCUUGUGUAAACAGUGGAAGAAAGAUUACAAAAGUUGCAUGGAAUGGGAACACUUUAAGUCUACUGAAGCUAAGACAGCUUUAUGUGAGAGUGAGAAGAGGAGGUUAGAAGAACAAAAGAUACACUUUCCAAUCUGGGCAAUGAGGAAAGAUCCACCAGCUGAAUGGCAGCUGCCCCUAAGUGACAAAGAAGAGAAAUAGUUGGAGUUGAUCAUAUCUCGGAUCACAUCUAGGAUCACAAUAGUCAGCAGGUGCUGCAAUAGAGCCUUUGUGAGCAUGUCCACUUCACUCUGCAGUGUCCUAUAUAACACUGGUUUUAAGGGAAUCCAGUUGGAAGCAGCUUUGAGUCUUGAGACUACUAUUUAACCUGGAUUCAUUUUAUAGGAACUCACUGGAGAUGGUAAUCGGAAUGUUAUAUAACCGUCUGACUGUCACAUCCUGUUAUGCUGCAGCAAAGGUGUUUUCAAUAAAUAAACUGCCAGCAUAUUAAUUUAAUUUAA